UUUACAGUAUUAUGCAUUGUUUUUCUUAGUAACGUUAGUUCGUAAAGUGUUUUAAAAACUAAAAUAAGUGAAAAAAACUACAAUGUCGACGGAAGGCACCUUUACUGGGGGUGAUACAGUUUCGAGCGAAAAUAAGACUUUUAGCGUUGCUGAUUACAUAGUAUUUUGCGCGCUUUUUGUCGUGGCAGCAGGCAUUGGCAUGUUUUUUGCGAUCAAAGACAGAAAAAAGAAAACUUCAGAAAACUAUUUGCUUGCUGGAAGGUCCUUGAGCGGCUACCCAGUAGCAUUAAGCCUUACAGCAAGCUUUAUGUCGGCUAUCACAGUCCUGGGUACACCAGCAGAAAUAUACGUGUACGGGACCAUGUUCUGGUGGUUCGCUCUGGCAUACACAAUUGUGGUUGUAGUAACUGCGACCAUAAUUACUCCAGUAUUUUAUAACAUUGGAAUAGCUAGCACCUAUGAGUAUCUGGAAAUGAGGUUCAAUAGAACGGUAAGAGUAGCUGGAACUAUAACGUUCAUUGUGCAAACUAUUAUCUACAUGGGAAUGGUCAUGUACAUGCCGGCGCUUGCUUUAAAUAAAGUUACAGGUCUUAGCCUAUACAUAUCAAUUGUAGCGACAUCGUUGGUGUGUACGUUCUAUACCAGCAUAGGAGGGAUGAAAGCUGUCGUGUGGAAUGAUUCUGUGCAGUGUAUUGUAGUAUGGAUAGGAUUUCUCUCAAUCAUAAUCAAAGGCAGUAUGGACGUCGGAGGUUUGGACAAAGUAUUUCAAAUCGCGAACGAAGGAGGUCGAAUCGACUUUUGGCAGUUCAGUUUGGACCCUCGAAUUCGACACACAUUCUGGUCGGUUUCUAUUGGCGGCAGUUUAAUGUGGUUGUCGGUGUAUGGCAUUAAUCAAUCAAUGGUUCAGCGGUAUCUCAGUUGCAAGAACUUAAAACAUGCGCAAAUAGCCCUGUAUCUUACAGCUGGAGGGUUACUGACUGUUCUUAGCCUUGCUUGUAUAACAGGACUAGUGAUGUAUGCAGUAUACCACAACUGUGAUCCGUUGACCAACGGUAAAGUUGAUAAAUCAGACCAGCUUCUACCCUACUUGGUAUUGGAUAUUUUAAGCGUGGCGCCCGGGAUUCCUGGCUUAUUUGUUGCGAGUGCUUACAGUGGAACUCUCAGUGCCGUUUCAACCGGUAUCAAUGCACUAGCUUGUUGUACGUUUGAAGACCUUAUUAAACCAUUAAAACCAAAUAUUCCUGGACCAAAAGCUGUCUUGAUUUCUAAAGGAUUAGUUGUAAUGUACGGACUUCUGGGUCUUGGCGUCGCUUUCCUAGCUUCUCUACUCGACAAGAUCCUCACAAUGGCUUUGAAAAUGUUCGGAAUUAUUGGCGGACCUUUGCUUGGUCUAUUCUGCCUUGGAUUGCUAACACCAGUUGCAAACUCGACUGGCGCACUGGUUGGCUUGUUAGGCGGACUAUCUAUGGGUAUCUGGCUGGCUGUUGGUUCCUUUAUUUACCCGCCUAGCGAAGAAUUUAUGCGAAAACUACCAUCGACAACAGAAGGCUGCAAUCCGGUUGAGAUCUCUAAUUUGUUAAUGAAUUAUACAAGCACAUCAAGUUAUGCUACAACAACAAGUUUCACGCAAGACCCAUUGACGACUUCCGGGUUUUCUAAUUCCUUAUACGCGUUAUCAUAUUGUCAUUACAGCACAUUUCUAGUCUUGAUUACCUGGUGUCUUGGUGUGGCUGUCAGUCUUUUAACCGGAGGGUUAAAAUCGAGAAAAACUGUCGACUCCAAACUGCUGGCAUUCAACGGUAACAUUAUGUGUUGCCUAAAGGAUACAAUGUGUCCAUGUUAUAAAGAUAAUGCGGGCUACACCAAAGGGAAAACUGAAGAAAUGGCAAUUACUAACAAGGACGAUAACGAAUACGUUGAAGAGACAGUUUGAACUUAAGCGACUCUAUAUGCAGUUUACACCACUGUUUUGGGGCAUGAAACAAAAUCUGUCGGCGUAUAUAUAUAAAGCUUAUACUUUUUAAAUAAUAUAUGAUUACACAUAUGAAAACAUAGGCGUUAAUCUGACUAUAUGACAUAUAGUAAGGUGGGAAAAGAUGGAACCUUUUGCACAUAGUAUCCCAAUACCCUGAACGUGUUUUAAACAGUUGACAGUGGUCUAUAAUGGGAGUCGUGAACAUACGGUCCAACAAUUCUUUAAAUGUUCUUUGUUUACUACCAAAUUGGACGGGAAAUUAGAAUAAAAAGGUGUCCAAUCUUCCCUAUCCUACUAUAUUAAGACAUACAAUCUUUCACUUAAGUUGUUUGACAACCUUUUCGCUAUAAAGCUAUUUGCAAUAUCGCCUGUUUCUGCUUUGUAUUGGUUAUUGUUUUAGAUUCUAAAUACGUUUUGUCCAGAGUCCGGAUAAAAACAUAUAGUGGUGUGAGGGAAGAUGGGACACCUUUAGCACAUAAUAUCCAAACAUCCUGACCAUGUUUUAAACAAAUAAUAACGGUCUAUUAGAGUCGUGAGGAUACGGUUUUGGAUUUCUUUGAAUGUUUUUUGUUUACUACCAUGCGGAACGAGGAAAUAGUACGAAAAAGUGUCCCAUCUUCCCCCAUCCUACUAUAAAACAUGUUUAUAAACGGACUCUGGUUUUGCUCGGUUUUCGCAUGUAGCUUUCAACAGUAUAUAUAUAAACGGUUUUUGCACUACUGACUUCUCCCUGUACGUAGUCAUAAUAAUCCACAAUCUGUUUCAAACGCGGCCACCGGCUGAUCAACGCAAUUACGCGAAGAAGCAAGUGUCCCCGAAAAAGAAACAAUUAUUAGUGCUGCCAAGUAAAAAACUUAAACGUGAAAAGUAAA